AUGAGCUUCACACAAUCCAUAUCCCGUUGGGCUUCUGUCCUCGUACUCCUAUGCUUAGGGUUGGCACAUGCUCACACGGUUAUCACUUACCCCGGUUAUCGAGGAAACAACCUCCACACCAACGGCACCGUUGAACAAGCUGAUGGGCUCGGUGUCGCCUACGAUGUGAAAAAUGGCUCAUACAUCUACCCAUAUGGCAUGGAGUGGAUUUAUCCUUGUGGUGGCAUGCCCAGGUCGACCAAUCGAACCAAGUGGCCCGUCAGCGGUGGUGCUGUCGCCUUCCAGCCUGGUUGGUUCCCAGGUCACGCCACCGCCCUAAUCUAUAUCAAUCUCGGCUUCGGCGAAAUCCCCCUCAACAUGAGCCACCCAGUCGUCCCGCCCUUCCAGAUCGUCGGCCCGACCAACAACCCUUACCCUGGCACCGUGUGUCUGCCCCAGGUUCCCCUGCCGGCCAAUAUCACCGUCCGCCCGGGCGACUAUGCCACAAUCCAGGUGGUCGAGACCGCUAAGCAUGGCGCUGCGCUAUACAAUUGUGUGGAUAUUGAGUUCGCAGAAGAUGGCGAUGCGUCCGUGGAGACAGUCAAUCGCGACAAUUGCUUCAAUUCGUCGGAUAUCAAAUUCGAAUACAUGUACACCACCAGUUCCAUUGGUUCGGGGGCGGCCAUGUUACAGCCGAGCCUGUCGGCUGCAGCUCUUGUUCCGCUGUUGCUGGCUGUCGCGCUUGGCGUGUACAUGUAG